UGUACUUUGGCUUCUACAGCACACACACACACACACACACACACACACACACACACACACACACACACACACACACACACACACAUCAUGGAAACAUGUGGUUAGAGAUGGUCACCUUAUAGAUACAGUGAGCCUAAGCACCAUUCAAUUUCUGAGAAUCACACACACACACACACACACACACACACACACACACACACACACAUGCGUGCGCUUUGCAGGAACAGGAAAUCCACAGUGACGCUCUGCAGUCUCAGACACACAUGUAUAAAUCAGCUCUGUCAUGUUAUACGAGCGUCACAUGUCACUGAUGUUGGAUCUAAUCAAAAUAAAAACAUUAGAUUUCCACUUUAAGAUAAAAAAGAAUAUUUGGUCCUUCACUGUUCAAGUCUGAUGUAAGCUUGUUACGUACACGAGUUUAAGGGCACCUGAUUUCUGUGUUUAUUUCGUCGUGGUAAUUGUUUUUUCCCCCCGAAUGAAUGUGCACUGCAAAGUAUUUGUUUUGAAUAGAAAAAGUGUUUGUUAGCCACAAACCGGGAGGAACGCGAUAACGUCUCACCCCGAAGGUGGUAAAGUUCCACUGGCUCUGACCAAUCACCUAUAAGAUGCAUCCACAUCAAAGGCUCAACUUAAGGAAAAAAAAGUGUCAAACAGAAAAAAAGUUUGUGCAUCUCUGACGUGUGUCUAAACAUCGCUGUUUAACCGCAACCAAUGAGCUGCUAGAGAGACAUUUUCCACUGGCGUGGACCAAUCAGAUUACAGAACACACGAGCGCAUGAAAGAUCUUCAGCAGCACGAGCCGCUCAGCACCAGUGUCUGAGAUGGAGACAUCAAGAGUCGCUCUCAUCGCUCUCGUGUGUGUUGUGUUCUCCGGUCAGAAGAGGAUCUCUGGAGCAGAAGUGGAGCCGAGAGUCAGACGAGGAGACGACGUCACUCUCUACUCCGACUGUGUUUGGAAAAGUGGAUUUUAUCCAGUGUGGUUCAGGAACUGCUCACAUCAGAAUCAACCUCGUCUGAUGAUCUCAUUUCAAGAUUUGCUGCAUGAUCCUUUUCCACGUUACUCGUUUGUGUUUAAUGUCUCCACCAACGUACACGAUCUGCUGAUUAAGAACGUCACAGAAUCAGAUGUGGGCGUGUACUACUGCGCUGUGAGAGAAAACAAUAUUACAAAGGAUAAAGACGGCGUGAUAAUCAGCACUGCAGUGUUUCAUUAUGGGAACAGAUGGACUCGACUCUCUGUACUCGAAGAAGCCUCUCCCGGGGUUACUGUCUCUCCGAACACCCCGACCCCGUGUGUAUCAGAGUGGAGUGUUAGCUGGAAGCUGGUGUUGGGUGUGUGUGCUGUGUGUGUUCUCCUCUCCUCACUCCUCUCCUCCAUCUGUGUGUACUGCCUCUGCACAAACACCACUAAAGCAGAAGAGAGAGCUGAUCAGAGACGAAGUGGCAAAAGACAGAGUCAAAGGAGCGAUGAGGUUGGAGACGAGGUCUGUUACGCCUCGCUGGACAUCCAGAACCUCCACAAGAAGAAGAAGAGGAAGAGGAGAGUUCAGCACUCCGAUUUCAGCACGUAUUCAGAGGUCAGGACCGAGAGACACUGAGGAGAGAUCGUGACUUCUGAAAGCUGUAUCACGUCAAAGUGCAUCCAUUAUUCUGUCGACUGUUUUUAUUGAUCAUGAUCAUGAAAUGCCUUUUCAGUAGAAUCACUGAUUUCAUCACAUCCUGUUCUUUAAUAGUCCAUUAAAUGUAGAAAUCUGAAAUAAUUUGGGAUUUAUUGCAGAGAAGAAAAAUGAACCAACCCGCACUCCAAGAAUGAAUGAAUCCAAAAUGGCGGCGUCUCUCAGAAAAGCUGCAUUUGAAUAAUAAAUAAAGAUAAAUAAAACGUUCUUUUGCGUCGUCAGUGAGAGACGUACACCAGCAGCCGGGCGAGUUCACGGCAUGUUUUACUGGUUUUGAUUUAUUUCGUGUGUGAAUAUUUUCUCACAGUUUAUGGCUUUAUUUCGUUAUUUAACGGGGCGUGGUCUAAUCACUGACGUCUGCUCCGAGUUCAUUAUCUGUAGAUUCCUUCUAAACUGAUCGUACUUUCCUACUUACGUGCCUUCAUACGUGAAAUAUCUUCUUCUCACUGUUCCUGAUGUGGAAAUCACUCACUCAGAAGAUCCUCGGACGUGGUCAGAGUGAACGGGUCGCGCUUGCAGUUUGCGUAUUUCAUUUCCGUGUUCGUGUCUGAUACAGCGGCGUGUGUUUCUGUCCAGUCGGCCGGUGGUUUGCAGCUGCAGCACGGCGGUGUUGAAUUCUCCACUCUGAUUGGUCAGAAGGUGUUGAUUCAUUUUGGAAGGAGUCUCUAGUGUCAGUGCUUCGUAACAGUCAGUAAGUUUUCUAACAGAGGAGUUUAUGCUUAUCCGCAACAUAAAGAUUUCCUUUAUGUCUUAUUAACUGAGAGAGAGAGAGAGAGAGACAGAGAGAGAGAGAGAGAGACAGAGAGAGAGAGAGACAAAGA